ACCUCGUGUUCUUUAAAACCAUUUCGCGAGCGGACCUUGGCAUUAGUCCAAGUUUGUCGCCGUCACUGCACGUGAACAUUUCUACGAAAUACUUUCCCGUUAUCAUGAACCACGUGGGUUUUGACACGGUUGUGCUGGUAUAAUGUUUAGUUUAGUCUUUCGUAGUUAUAUUUCAUGUAUGAAUUUGAAUGUCUGGCUUUUGUCAUCGUCGUGUGACUAGGAGCAUGUACUUUCGGAUAUAUAUCUAUUGUUUGGCCUGAAGAGAUUCUAUGAAACUUGGAGGAAAGACUUUGUUCAUAGGUGUAAGCUGAGACGUUCAAGAUUUUAGUUGGAGUGGAUGCAUCAUAUUUUUGAAGAGCUACAGGACAAACCCCAAGGGCAGGUCCAAGUCCCACAUCAAUUAAAGUAUCCUCUUGAGAAAGAGAUUCCAUCCGAUCCCAACCUGUGUCUCCAGGGGAACUAUCACGGCAGCUGUGGGAAGGGGCAAGAUGCUUCCCCAUCUCAUAAGCCUGCUGAACAACCAGAGCCCAGUGCUGACGCCUGGUUUUCCCUAGGGGUUUUGUACCAACAGCAGAACCUGGCUAUGGAUGCUUUAAGAGCAUACAGCUGUGCAGUCCAGGUAGACAGUGGCUAUUCCCCAGCUUGGAUUAACCUUGGUGUUUUGUAUGAAAGCUGUAACCAACUUCACGAUGCAGUGAAAUGUUAUCUUAAUGCUGGAAGAAACAAAGGGCCAGUAAAUCCAAAUUUGGCAGCACGAAUUCACUUUCUACAGGAAAAACUGAUGAGCACUAUACCAAACAGCUUACAGAGCCCAAGACAACUGCCAUACAUUGGGGAUAGUGAUGUGUGUCUAAUAUAUAAACAGAAAAACUUGAUGAAUCAUCAGCAUCAGGUCUCACCUAAUGAAUUGAAUAUGGUGAAUCAAAGCAGUGCAAAACUUAAGUGGAAUAAUGAAGAUGACCAUUACAACAAUGCAAUUACCAAAAAAAUGAAGAUGGCAUGUGGAUACUCGCACAUCACUAGAUGUCAGUCUACAGGUGAGGCUGUAGUACCAGCCUCCACAAGUAGGUGCUCAAAUAGUUUAUUACAGUACACAUCAGAUGGUGAAGGCUUGACCAGGAUAAGCACAGUAUAUACCAAGACAAUACCAUCCACCCUGUGGCCAAGGGAAAAUAACUUUUCUCAGAUCUAUCCAUCUCAUUUGUCAAAUCUUGCCUCAUCAGUGACUAAUGAACAGCAAAAUAAUACCACAAUGUCUGUAACAGACUUCAAAUCAUAUAAGCCAUUUCACUCUCACCACUCUGAAAAUAGUCCAAUCUCUGUCUAUAAACCAGGACUUCUGGGAGGGUUUUCUGGAACACCAGGAGUUCAUCAGCAAGGUGAAAACUUUUUCUUACAGGAACAUAUACAAGCAGAAGAUAGUAUCAGGAGUCCACAAGAAAGGGCAAUAGCUACUACUAAAACAGCUAAUUUUACUAAUGCUAAUGCCGUGUUACCCCAGACAGACCUCACUACCUCUUUAGCUGAGGAUUUUUUGGUGCACCUUGUGGGUGAACAGCACAUAAACCAUCGGAUUGAUGGUGAUGAGUUAAAUAUUUCAGAAGAUGUACCAAGUGCUCAAGUUAAUGUGUUCAACUCGGAAUCAUUUCAAGACCAGAUUACAGGUCAGAGAUCAGCAAGUAGAUUACUGCAACAGACAGAAUUCAGUGAGCAUGUGUAUACCAAAAAACCAGACUUGCAUAAAAGUCUCUUAGAACCUCAGGUGAUAGUUAAAAAAUUGCCAGAGCCUAAACAUCCUGUCACUCCUUCUAUUAGUAUGAGUGCUUCUGAAGUGAUGGCUACCUGUAAGGAAUUGACCAGAAAUGGUAUGGCUUCAUCUCUCAUUAAAUGGGAACUCUGUCCACUAGUGCCACCCCCUGAGGCUCCUUCCUCACUGCCUGUUAUAGAAUUACUCCCGCCCACACCAAGUGUCUUUUUGGAAAGCAGAAAAGAUGCUUUCUCCCCUCAGCUCCAAGACUUCUGCCUUACUCACCCCAUUUCUGUGAUUCGAAAUAUUGCUACAGUCCUGAAGUUGGAUUUGGGUUUAUUUUCAACUAAAACUCUAGUAGAAGCUAAUCCAGAUCACAGCAUUGAAGUCAGAACACAACUAAUGCAGUCAUCUGAUGAGAACUGGGACCAAGAGAGAACUAAACUAAUAUGGAGAUGUGAGAGUCACCGAUCACACACUACAAUUGCUCGUUAUGCACAGUAUCAAGCCUCCUCUUUCCAGGAAUCUCUCAGUGAAGAACAAGAAAGAGACACUGACAGUGAUUCAGCAUCUUCCUCACACACACUAAGAGGAAAGAAAGGGAAGAAAGCUAGUACAUUCAAGACAAUAAAGUUUGGAACAAAUGUUGAUCUUUCUGAUGAGCGCAAGUGGAGGACACAGCUUCAAGAGCUAACUAAGCUGCCAGCUUUUGCCAGGGUACAAAUUUAUUUGAAUAUUUAUUUAGAAAUAUUAGAAUGUUUUAUGGAUUUGUCCAAGUUACU